AUGGCCAACAUGGAAACUAUGCUUGCUGUUGAAUCAGCAUCAGAUUAUAUCCUCUAUAGGAUCAAGAGAAAUGAUCAAGUCGCCUAUGUCAAUAUUUCAAACCCGGAUAUUAUCCCAGAAGACAGCCGAACCUAUGGACCUUCAGCAAUUGCUGCGCUUAGCAAACUUGAUGCAUGGAAGGAUACAUCCUGGGUAACUCUUCAUGUCCAUUUAAAUGAGAAGGGCUUAUGUCCCGAAGGAUAUUUUAUUGGAUCGCUACCCAAUGCAUGA